AACAAACACAUUAUCAGCUCCUCCAGAAGGACUAGACAGAGACUGCUCAGCACACACACCCCUCACCCGGCACAUCUUUCUGCCUCUCUACUGCUUUAAAAAGGAUUGUCAGAUCAGUAUAUUGACUCUACUUUUCUCUCACUAGGAGUACCAGAUCGAUAUUAUCUUCGCCCAGACCUGGGUGGACACCCGUCUGCAGUAUAACAGCAGCAGCAUGAAGAUCCUAACCCUCAACAGCAAUAUGGUCGGCUUGAUCUGGCUGCCCGACACCAUCUUUAGGAAUUCCAAGAACGCAGACUCUCACUGGAUAACGACGCCCAAUCAGCUGCUCAGGAUCUUCAACAAUGGAAAAAUACUUUAUACACUGAGGAUGACCAUCAACGCAGAAUGCCAGCUGCAGCUUCAUAAUUUCCCAAUGGACGAACACUCCUGUCCUCUCGUCUUCUCCAGCUAUGGCUACCCCCGAGAUGAGAUUGUGUACAAGUGGAAGCGAAACUCAGUGGAGACGUCGGACCAGAAAUACUGGAGGCUUUACCAGUUUGAUUUCAUGGGGCUCAGAAACACCACAGAUGUGCUCUCGACAACAGCAGGUGACUAUGUGUUGAUGACAGUGUACUUUGACCUCAGCAGAAGGAUGGGAUACUUCACCAUCCAGACCUACAUCCCCUGUAUCCUGACUGUGGUCCUCUCCUGGGUCUCCUUCUGGAUCAAGAGCGAUGCCACGCCUGCAAGGACGGCCCUAGGUAUCACCACAGUGCUGACUAUGACCACCCUGAGCACAGUCGCCAGGAACUCGCUACCUAGAGUGUCUUAUGUGACGGCCAUGGACCUGUUUGUCACAGUCUGCUUCCUAUUCGUCUUCGCUGCCAUGAUCGAGUAUGCCAUGCUCAACUACUACUCCUACAUUGUACGCAGACCUCCUGCCAAGACACAGAGAAUGGCCUAUUCAUCUUUCAACAUGGGUCACACUCCACGGCCCAUGAUGCCCAUGGGCAACUCCCUGUUCUGGCACGACUACGAUGACAACUGCCUGUAUGAGUGCCUGGACGGGAAAGACUGCAAGAGCUUCUUCUGCUGCUACGAGGAGUGUAAAGAAGGCGGCUGGAAGAAAGGACGGAUCCACGUCAACAUCCGCGAGCUGGAUUCCUACUCCCGGGUUUUCUUCCCCACCUCCUUCUUGCUCUUCAACAUAGUCUACUGGGUCAGCUACCUCUACCUCUAGUUGGUCUCGGGCUGUGAUCCGUGGGCCCUUCUAAGAUAGCCGCAGUCCCCGCCACUUGGCAACGUGGAUUGAGAUUUAAGGUCAAAACUAAGCGUGGAGGAUCUGCUCUGUGGGAAUUGUGGAAAACAUGCUGCCUGUGGAGGGGUAUGACUAAAAAAUACAUGUGUGCAGUGGUGCACAGUGGAAAGGCCAUGAUACUUUGAGCAGUGGCACUCAAAGGAGAAUAAAACGCUCAGCAGUGGAACAACAAGACGCUGGCAUUAACUUCAAUGGAUAGGUCCCCUUUAUGACUCUCCGAGAAACCAAACAACAGACAGCUGCGACUUGAGGGAUGUUUGGGGACGGGGUUGCAUUGCUGAAUCUUGGUCUUUGAGAUGGUGAAGCACCCAUAGUGCCUUCUUUAGAAAGGGUGCAGUACCGAGAUACGCAGCUUCAGAGUUCCAUCCAUUAUCGUUAUUACCUCAUGCACCACACCGCUGCAUGCUGAGCUGUUUAUUCUUUGACAAACCUGGAACACCACCACUGGAGAUGUUUAAAACUAACACUCCCCACUCAUUUUGUAGCACAUUAGUUUUAGUUGUACCUUAGAAUUAGUUCUUUUUUCUAAUAUAGUAAUGUUUUCUUAUUAUUAUUCCUAUUAUUAUUAGAAUUUGUUGGAUUUUCACAGCAAGUCAACUAGCUCACACAUCAGUAGUUAAUUGUUGAAUAUGAGUUAAUGUCAGGGGCAGUGGUUGUCUGGUAAAGUCUUGUUUAUUAAGUCAGUGAGCUUUUGUUCAUGAUGCUUUAUGACCAAGUGAUGCAGUUUACAGUAGAUGCCAAGAAGAUCUGGGUUUUAUAAUGAAUACCGGGUUAUUUUCUUACACAUAAAAUGUAUAAGAACUGCAUAAAUACAUCCCAGUCUACUAAUACUAAAGUGUUAAUCUCAUCCUUGGGCAUAUUGUACUGUAUGUAUGUUACAGUACAUGAAUAAACAGAUUAGGGUUUGAACAGUGUUGUUUUCUUCCUAACAACAGCUAUAUGAACACAGUUUCCCAUUUUAUUUUACAUACUUUCAUUCUUAUUUAUAUAGAUAUAGGGCUGGUUGGAUACCCUGGCUUAAAGGAAAAGUUCAACAUUUAAUAUAAUAAACAGUGGCCAGAGCCUUUUUACAUGAGUGGCAGAGAACUUUAUUUGGUAGACUUAUUUUAAAGAUAGGGUUUUAUUUCUUAUUUCCCCUGUUCCUUGGUUGAUGCAAACUCACAACCUCUUCCAUGUUUACCUUUUUACAUGAUAACGUCAGUAUAAAGUCCAUUUCCACGGCACUAAUUCCAUCAGUACAGCGAGAUAUAUGUGAGAAAAUCCACUUUUCCUUAUUCCUAAACAAUUUUAACUGCCAUAAAUUAAACUCAGUGCUUCCUCCAGAAUCUUCACAUUAAAAGUACUGCAGCCUUCCUCUUGUAGGAUGUGAAAAAAACAUCAGGAAGCUUUAUUGACGGUAACUUAAGAAAGAUCAGGAGUACAGAAAAGAAGAAACAACUAUGAAAACAUUAUUUCUGUUAAAGAGAAACUCAAGAGCAGCAGAGUGGUGAGUAAUAUGACUCUGUUGUACUGAUGGAAUAAGUGCUUUCACUUGCCUGUGUUUUCUAAUUCUCUAGUCUCUAUUAUUUGAGAUUGACAUUAUUUGAAUACCAGCUUUUAAAUGAGAAUUUACUACAUUUACUUUCUUACCAAGGGUUAGUCGAGAAGAUUGAUGCCACUCUCACGUCUGUAUGCUUAUGAUGAAGCUGUCAUCGGCAUGGCUAACAUAACUUGGUAAAAAGACUAGAAACAGGGAACACUUCAGGUUUUUGUAUUUAAAAAAAGAAAUAUAAUGUGUUAAUUAGUGAACUUGAGACAUGCUAUUAGGCUACAUAUGCACAGUGCCAGGCUAGCUGUUUCCGGUCUUUGUGCUAAGCUAAUUUAGCUGGCUUUAACUUUAUAGCAUACAGACAUUAGAGUGGUAUCAUGACUGUCAUCUAACUCUUGCCAAGAAAAGGAGUAAGCAUAUUUCUCAAAAUACUUACCACAGAGACAUUUCAUCAGCAGUAGUUUUAACAGAGAGUCAGCUCAGUAUAUAUACCGUAUAUUAGAUAUUGGCACAAAAUGAGCUGCAGAAAUAUUAGCUUUGGCGACAAGCCUCUAGAAGCCUAAUGCACAUACAAACACAUACUGUACAUGGCCUAUUUAUUUUGAAUUAGAGUCAUUCCAUCUAGAUUCAGAAGUAGAGCUUGAGUAUAGGAGAUUGGAGUCCAGAUGAAAGCUUACAUUUUUCUGAUGUCCUGCCGUAUGUAGGACCUAAAGGCAAAUUUUCAUGUGCCUAGCUGGCAAUGAUCACAGGUGCUGUAAAAUAAGUUCUACAUAUUGUCAGACUCCAUACACUCACAUACUGUACACAGAGUGGUAUUGAAAAAUGGAUGAUCCAGGAGGAUUUUUCAUGACUCUUGAUGGAGUCUCACAUUCUCUGCUCAAACAUGUAAAAUUUAUGCCAAAUUUGGAGGCAUAUGGACACAUGAGUGCAUAAAAGAACAACACAGUGAUGGACGGUACCGGUGGUGUUAGACACAUUUUGGUUUUGUUUGCUGUUCUAUGGUGUUUUUUGCAGUCGUUUGGCUUUGUAGAACAAUCAAAACCCUCUUUUCCCUCCUCCUCCCCCAACACACACACACUCACACACACACUCACUUUUUCCCCAGUAUUUGUAUGUUCAGAGAAAAGCUUUUAUGUAAGAUGUAUCUAAUUAAUGUUUCUAUUUUCAUACAGUUAUAUUUGGAAUGUAAGUUAGGCCAGUAGUGAGGCCUGAGUCAAUCUGGUUCCAGUUCAGUCAGUUCAAGCAGCCUAAAUGAGUUUAUAUUUAGGGGGUCCUGCAUAUUCAUUUGUGUCCUGUCCAGAGGUUUGUAAUAACAAAUGAAAUCGGAUCGAGUGAUGCUAGAGAAACAGCAGAAGGGCUGUUACCUGCUGAUGCAUUAGCUCAUAUGAGACAGUGAAAUUUUAUUAGUAUUGCGAACUUAGAUCUAUCUCUCUAUCUAUGAACUGACUGAAUUGAACAGAGCUUGGCCCACACCGCAGUAAACUCUCCUCACCUCUGAUAUUUCUACUACACUUUAUAAGUGUCUUAGUCCAUUGAGAUACUUCAAUAAAAACAAAAUCACUAUUUUCUACAUCUUAACGAAAAUCACCUGUGUGUUUCAACUGACUGGGACCUGUAUUUAUAAAGCCUCUUUAGAGUCAGAGUACCAACUCAGGAUCAGCACUGGCGAGCAUAAUGAACUUACUCAAGAGCCAAUUCCGGAGACCUCCUCAUCACCCCCAUUAAAGUUUCCCGCAGCUUCUCUGAAAAGCGGAGCAUCGGUCGCACCGACGUGUCAGAAAAUCAUGUAUUACUCCUACUGCGAAACCAAUUUUGUUUUGAUUGUCAAUGAGGUCUCUGGAGGGCGGGGCUGUUUAAAAAAAGCCACUCUGAUCUUGGAUCAGCACUCCAGGGGGAAAUAUUUUAUGAAAACAGGAUCUAGAGUGAAAAUAGGUAUCUUUUUUCUAGUGCGUGGUACAUUGCUUAUAUUAAUAAAUAA